AGAUUUCCCUCCACUGUCACUACACCCUUUAACACCCAGCACCACACCGCAUCCCAGUCAAACAUCGGUCUCCCUUCCAACUUCACGCCUCCGGCUCGUUCAUUGAAGAUAGCCCGGUACAAUCUAGGGAAGCGGAAGACCGUGGAGUCCCCAUCAGCUUCAGAUAACAACACGGUAAAGCAUGGAAUCCACGCUAAGGCCACCAAGUAAUUCAAGGCCACCCGUGGUGAUGUGGAGAUGUUGGACGUAGAAACGGAAGCGAUUGAUUUAGUCGAAGUAGGCGCAAUGGACGUCACACUCACAGAGGAAGUUCCAGCGGAAGACAAAGCGUACAAGUCUUCUGCCGCCACCAAGUACAGCACCUUCACUGACCCAGGUCAAUCAAAGGAGCUCGAAGGCACCCUAGAGGCCCUAGCGUCGGACUUCGAGCAGCACACAAAGACCUUCGUUUGCGUCCCGGAUUCCUCCGCUGAGAAGGAGGCGAAGGAGCAGUGCCGCAAAUUCGCACGCGUCCGGGAAGAAUUCGAGGCCAAGCUGGACCACCUAGAUGACGAGCGGGCUAGGAUCUUGUUGAAGCGCGCUAGGAAGCUGUUUAGCCAUAUUCUCGCGCAGCGCUUGGCGUCUUUGCCGUCGAUUGAACAGACAUUGGCGCGGCUUGAAGAGCCGGAAGGGUAUGAAUCUUCGGCUGAAGGCUCUCCUAUAGAGAGAACCGCCGCUCUCAAGAUGAGCUCUGCCUCGAAUCGGGCCAAUCUUAUGUUCAAACUCCAAGCCACGAUUGCUGAGCUCGAUGCCGAUAUCAAGCGUAGUGUCUAUCUUAUUAGUAUGCAAAAGGCUAGCCUAUCUCGGUGGUCCUCAGAAAAAGAGGUCGAGAAUUACGAUAACGCGAGCCGCGAUCGUUACUUCAAGACCAAUGAGCUAAUGGAGGAGGUCAAGGAGGUAGGAGACGAAGGAAUUCCUGAAGCAGGCCAAGAGCCUCGUCGUUGUCAACGAAUCGGAGCGCGAAGAGGGUCAGCCGCCGAUCAAGGGACAGUUGGGGUCCGUUUCAAGCUUAUGCAAGCGGGGUAUCGAUCAGUCAAAACGGUUGACCGAGGAGGUUCACUUGUAUUCAACAUCACAAACGAGACAAUGGCAGAAAAAAAAGGGCCAGGGGUUCUCGGUCCAUCCGAAACGGUCGCCGAAGACGAAUGGGGAUUUGCGACUCCCUCCAACGACACAGCAGAUCAGACUCCUCAAAGUUUUCAGCAUAGCCUCGAGGAAGAUGAAUGGGGCUUCUCAACUAACAAAACUAGCGGUGCAGCGCCAAAGCCCAAUAAGCUUGAUGACGAAGAAGAUGAUUGGGGGUUUCCUGUUGACAACACUGGCGAGGUUGCACCAAAGCCUGACAAGCCUUUCGAAGAAGAAGACGAAUGGGGAUUUGCAAUUAACGGCACCAACCAAACCGCCGAGAACGAAGCAUCUGACCUCCUGAAGAAAUGGGGGUUCGACUCCGAGCCCCCUUCUCCAACCGCCGCCUCCAAGCCCAGCGACGACUCUCCCGGAGCCGCUGAAUCUCUUUUCGAAGGUUGGAAAACCGCAACCAGAACGGGAAACGUCGGAACCUCGCUAUCAACCUUCAUAACGAUCCUGUCAAGCCUCGACAUCUCUGGCCCAGAACACCUCCUCAUGUUCAGCCUGAAAGAGAAGGCGGUCAAAAUAGGUCAAGGGUCCCAGUUCACCGUCUUCCUCGACGCAUCUGCCGCCAUUCAGGAUGACCACAGCGGGAAGAUUGUCGAGGGGAAAGGCAAAGUGGUCAAGCGCGUCCGAAUUUCGAAAAUGGCGUUGAAAAAUGAUGAAGACUUGGGGUCGAAUGAGCAAUAUCUACAGACGCUCCGGCAUCUAGAGCUUGAGGUCCUCAGUCUGGGGCUGUUGCGGCAUCGGAACAUUGUGCGAUUACUGGGCUGGGGAUACGACUAUGAGGAUCGGUACACGCCGAUUCCGAUUUUGUUCAUGGAAGCUGCGCUUGCACCCCUGGAUGAGUUUCUGUUAUCGGAGAAGAAGGGUGAGGGCCCACUGGUGGCGCUGGGGGCCAAGAGGUGGGACGUCAAGUACCACUUUGCGCUUGAUGUCGCGGCGGGGCUGGAGGCGAUACAUGGGUUAAACAUUGUGCAUGGAGACGUAAAGCCAGAAAACGUGCUGGUGUUUCGACACGAUGAUCUGAAGAUUCCUUACGUGGCGAAGCUUAGCGACUUUGGAGUGUGUGUGGAUAUGAGAGUUGAUGGGCAAAGGGUCACGCCGGAGUCCUACCUUGGCACUACAUCGUGGACUGGCAGCGAGGUUGGGGUCGGCCAAUGGAACGAUGACGUGCAUGGAAUUUUCACGCCGGAGUUGUUGAAAAAUUUCGAUUCGUACAGCUUUGGGUUGUUGUUGCUUUCGAUAUUUGGGGCUUAUGGCGGGUUGCCUGAGAUUACAAAAGAGCCGGGACCACAGAGAGGAUUCGGACUAUCCAUGGAAAUCGGGGAUUCUUUGAAAACGGCGAAGGGAUGUCCUGAAGACAUUUUGAUGCAAGUCAAAGCAGCAUCCAAAAAGCUUCUGGCCAUCAAGCCGGGCGAACGUCCACCCCCUUCUCCAGUUUUGCUGCGAACCGAACUUCCGGCCUACCUAGAGUGGCUUCAAGAAAGCACAUCGGUACAGCAAACGCAGCAAAGGAAGCGUAGAGGCCAUGCGUAUUGGUCUUCCCUCGAUAUGCAUGUUCUCAGAUCUCUGGACCAGCAAUAUACGCAGCAGGAGAAAAGGGGAAAAUCUGGUGGGUUUAGUGGCGAAUCUCUUUUUGGAAUGACGGAAGCUUGCUCGCAGCAGCCAAUUGAAGGAUCCGCCGAUAAAAUAUUGAAGUAUAUCCUUGCAUCAGCAAAGAAAGGUUACGUUCCUGCAAGAGCAAUUUGUGCAAAGGUAUAUGAAGCAUUUGAUCGCAGAAUAGAUGUUGACGAAAAGACGUUGAUGCAGUGGGAAAAAGAGGCUGUGUUGGAUGGCUUCAUGUUUUAUCGUCAUCCCUUCCUAGAAGAGGAGAGACAUGAAGAACAGCGACAACAGUUUAGGAGAAACGGUGGCUACUGCGACGACGCUUUUCUGGGCAUGGCCCCCAUCCUCGCAACGGCACGAGACGUGAAUAGGCUCGCAACGUGGCUUCGCAAAUUCAGCAUCGAUUAUGCUGUAGAUUCCAUCGGAAACACCAUGAUGCAUGCCUGCGCUGCUCUUGGGGAAAUUGAUUCCGUCAGGAUCCUUUUAGACAAAUCAAACGCGGAACUUGUCAACGAGAACGAAGAGACACCACUCUACAAAGCUUGCCAGGCCGGCCACACGGCUGUCGUCCUACUACUUCUUCGCAAUGGUCAUCGAGCAACCCCUACCAAGGAUAUGUCGAUUUCUCCAUUGCACUGGCUUUUUAACUUUCCUGAAUCGGACAUUCCUCAAAUUGCAGAUGCAUUGGCUAAGAGCGGAGGGGUUGAUGUUAACCAUAUGAUCAAGCCGCCACGAUACUAUGGAAGAACGCCAAGGUAUCUCAUGAAGCACUUCCCUUUCGAAUUUCCACUUGGCAGUCCUUUUCACUGGGCGGCAUUCGCGAGAAACAAAACUGCACUAGACGUUCUUCUAAACCUGGGAGCUAAUAUCGACGCUACAUAUGAUAACGAGAACCAUGGAACAACGCCUCUUGCUCAAGCCGUAUGCACUGAAGAUGCACCCUUAGUCGCCUAUCUCCUAGGAAAAGGUGCCGACAUUUCCGUCAAGAACAAAGAAGGCCGAAAUCCCCUCCACCUAAUGAGCUUAGGCGCCGGGAACGAUCACGUACUAUCAUCUGGGAAAUGGGAUAGUUGGGUCAGACACGGAAGUUGGGGAAAAAGCGUUCAGUCUGCAAAAGACGUGGUGCAUCUUCUCGUCAAAGCAGGCGUCGAUAUCGAAGGCCGAACGAAUACAUGGGGGAAACGCACGCCCCUGCUCACGGCUUCCGACCCGAUCUACAGGAAGGAGCAUGUUGUCCAAGCACUUCUAGACGAAGGCGCAAACGCGGAAGCAAAAACUGAGAGAUCAGAGGAAAAUGUACUACACCUCUGGUGCUCGACUGAUCCGAGUCUGCUGCGGUAUCCACACAUGUAUAAGAGCUUAUUUGCGUACAUGAUUGAAAAAGUGAACGAUUUAGACAGUCAAGCAGGCGCACUAGAGGAAACGGUCCUUCACGAGAUGGUAAAGACGCAAAUGCCUGCAGAGAAAUUGUUCGAGUACAUCGAACUACUAUUUGCGGAUCCGAAGCAUAGUCCAAAUAUAAACGCGAGGAACCGAGACGGGAAUACGCCGCUCAUGGUGGCUUGUCUGGGGCUCCCAAAGGACAUCGUUGAGAGGAUCAGGUUUCUUCUCAAACACGGAGCGAGGCCAAGUGACAUGAAUGACUCCCAAGAGAACUUUAUCCUACGUCUCGUGGAAAAUUACACCCUCAUGGAUGCGGACUCCCUCUCAGCCUUGCAGCUGCUGUUCUCUCACGAAUCCUUCACGCCCGAUGUUCUCCGAAAGUUCAUCAACGAAACAAGCUUUACGGCUUUGACCAAAUGUGCUGCAGAAGGCCGCCUAAGAACCUUAUCUUACCUCCUUCAACUCGGAAUGGACGCCAGGGUCAACGAAAAGGUGACUAUACGAGGAACCGAGACAACCACUCUAGACGAGGCGUUCUUCUCGGCCAACUCGGCACGGUUCGUAUACAUCGGUCACGCAAGUGAGCUCCUUACCAAGGAAGAAAUCGAAGAAGCCGAUCAAAAGAACCGACUUUAUACCACCAACGCCGGCGUUGUAGGCCGCUAUGGUGGAGCUUCGGCUGCGAGAGCAAGGGAGGCUUACUGGGCGUAUCCGGAGAUUUUUGCGCUUCUUCAAUCCCAUGGUGGGUUGCGAAUACGGCAGGCCGAGCAUAGAGGCCCGUCAUGGAGAGAUGUGAUCGACCUUCCGAUGUUGGGGAUGACGAAGGAUACACAACCUAACCUCGAUCACUGGAGAACGCUUUACGACCUGGAGGAGCUGGACGAUGGAUGGGAAGAAGCUGCGUACGAAGAGUUCAAGGACCAGCAUUCAUAUCUUGACGAGGACGAUCUUGAAACAUUGGAAGUUCCUAUUCUGGCCUUUGAGCAAUGGCCAAGGCUCGUGGAAAUGCUUAGUGGGAAAGACGGUUGGUACAGAGGCAUUCUCAGAGAUGGGAGGAGUGUUGAGGUCAAGAUGGAUGCAAAGACGCCGGGCGGAAUAGAGCAGGUGAGAGAUUUGAAAGGCAGGAAGUUGAGUGUGCCGGAGCUACUUAAACGAGGGUACUAA